AUGUUCUUUGAGAAAAUAAAAAAUGCUGACUUGCGGACAUUUUUUGCGGACAAAAAUUUUUUUAAUUUUCAGAUUUUGGUAGCAACAAAUGGUAUAGCUGCAUUUGAAUGUAUUCUUUCUAUGAGAAAAUUGUUGAAGCAAUUCUUCCGAAAUGACAGAAUUAUUGAAUUUGUUUGUCUAACUACUGAACAGGAAAUUCAGUCAAAAGCGGUAAAUUAUUUGAAUUUCUAAAAAUGGCCGAUUAUCUUGUUUCCUCUUCAGCCGGUGCAAAUACA